AUGGGGGCAGGCCUCAGUUGGGGCGCCUUGCUGGCCAUCCUCUGCAGCGCCCUCCUGCUCCUGCUGCUGGUGCUGCUGGUGGCCGGACUGGGGUGCUCCCGCCGGCAGGCUCUGCAGAAGGGGCUGCUGGGCUCCUGGCAGGACGAUCUUCGCGACAACAUAGUCAACUAUGACGAGCAGGGGGGUGGCGAGGAGGACCAGGACGCCUACGAUCUCUCCCAGCUGCGUGACCCUGAUCUCUUUGGCCCCCCGGUCCCCUGGGGGAAGCCCCUUCGGAGGAGGGACGCCCCCCACGGCUACGCCUUGCCCCUGCAGCUGCAGCGCUGCCCUUCCGACAUUGAGGACUUCAUCAAUGAGGGCCUGGAGGCAGCCGACAGCGACCCCAGCGUCCCCCCCUAUGACACGGCCCUCAUCUACGACUACGAGGGGGCCUGUUCGGCCAGCGGCUCCCUCAGCUCCCUCCAGUCCAGCCUGGGAGACGAAGACCAGGACUACGACUACCUCCAGGAAUGGGGGCCGCGGUUCCAGCGCCUGGCUGAGCUCUAUGGCCAGUAGGGGGCAGAAGGAGCAGCAGGGCCGGACCGGACAGCUGACCAACCUGGCUUGGGCAGCCGCAUCGCCCUCCCGGCUGGCAAGUGGGGCACGUGCCCGGCUGCUUCUCACGUCCCCCGAGAGGCAGGGCCCCUUCCAGCGGCUCGCUUGCCAACUGCAGCUGGGGCAGCCCAGGCAGAGAUUCUGCUGGCAGCUGCUGGAGGAGACUCCCAGGGCCCCCAAAGGCCCCCCUUCUUUCCCCCAGCCGGGACCCCGACAGCCACCUCCAGGGGCCACGAGAGCCUAAAGGGAGGGCGGCUGGGUGAGAAAAACUCAAGGGAACUGAAGAGCCCCUGGGGAGAAGCCAGCGGUGAUGCCCCCUCCCCUCCCCGCCCCAGAACUCGCCAGGGGCCCAUCCUGAAGAGCAGCUUCUGGGCUAAGGGGCAAACCUGGCUGUCUCCCCCCAUAGCCCAGUCCAAGGCUGCAGAAGUGCCAAGGGGGCUCCAGCCAGAAGAAGGAGGCGCUUGGGGGUCUCAGCAGGGGAAGAGGGCAGGAUUUUUUUGGGUGGGGGGGA